AUGAGGAAAGCUAAUCAAGCCUUAGAAAGAAAAAAAAUUUGCACUCUAGAAAUCUUAAUAGCACAGUAGCUUAAGAAGCUUUAAGAAAUCUAGGUAUUGGAGUUUAAGACGUCCAUGCAAUAGGAUUUUCAGAUUUUUGAAAGCAGUAGAGUGAAGAAUAACUAGAUUAAGAAAUACUGGGGCUAAGAUAUGAGAGAUACCAGAAGAAGAUUAAACAACGAAUCGAGGCAGUAGAGACAGAAAUCAGACGUCUAAGAAUAAGAGAAAAAGAGAAUUUUGAGAUAAAGCAGAACUCUUUAUAAUAAUGAUUCAUCUGUAAAUAUUAGCGUCAAGAAUGCUCCUAUCAUCACCCAUAAAAAUGAAUUUAAAAGCGAAGUCUACUUAAAUUUGCCUGAGAGUCUAACGAAUAACUAAAAAGCAAGGAAUCAGAGUUUAGAUUUUAAAACUAGUACCUUAGAUGUUAAUACUCCUUACUAAAAUGUUAGCAAUAGCAUAAUAAAUCAUUUGGAUUAUUCUAACAUUAUUAGCUCUGAAACCCUAGAGGCAAACUCUAGAUCUCCAGGGUCACUCUCUGCUAAGAAAUCAGAAAAGAAGUUAUUUCAACUUAUCGAUUUAAAGAUAGAAAGAAUGAAAGAAAACGAGUAAAAGAGGAAGUAGAUAAUGGACAAACUUUCUCGAAAAUUGGAAUUAUCAUCAAUCUAGAGAAAUCAGAUCCUUAUUGAAGAUGUAUAAUACAGGGUUUCUAAAAAGCUUUCAAAUAAAUUAGAAGUAAUUAAGAAGCAUAACAGAGAGAUGGAAGAAAAGCAAAGCUAAGAAUUUUAGAAUGAGUUACAAAGGCUCAAGGAAUAAUAGGAAUAGGCCAAAUUAUUUAAAAAAGAGUAGAGGUUACAAGAAAAAUUCAAAACUGAAUAGGAAUUAAAGAUAAAAGAAAUAAAAUAAUAGGAAUAAAUUCAGCAGUAAAAGGAGGACUUUGAGAAUAAUAAAUAGCGAUUAGAAGUUAUUGAAACAAAGCAUAUUAAAAGUUAACAGAAGAUGUUUGAAUCACUUAAGUAAAAGUCUGAUAAUCUGAAGCAUAAAAAUCGUCUUCUAAGUGAAAAAAGAUUCAUAGUUCAAGAAAUGAAUAUGGAGAAAGAGCGUAAAAUAGCUGAAAGCUUUUUGAAAAAUGAGCAAUACAGGUCAACCAUAUAUCAUAGCCGACAACUCAGGCAAUCUAAUCACUUUACUUAAUAAAAUGGACAGAUUUAUUAGAUGAAUAAUGAUCCACUAGAUGUUGAAAAAAGAAAUAAGUAUUCAAUUUUAAAUCGCUCUGUCAAUUCUGAAUCAAGGGCUAAUUUUGAUUUGAAUCUUCACCAGUCUCUUGAGGAAAGAAUUAGAAAAGCUACUGAAAGAAAAGAGGAGCAAGAAAAGGAAAGGUAAAGAUAGAAUCAGCUAAAAAAAGAGAUGGAAAGACUUAAGUUAGAAGAGAUACAGGAGCUAAAGAGGAUACAGCAAAAUCAAAGAUAAGCUAUAAAUAAGCACAUUUUUGAGAAGCAAAAGGAGAAAGAAUUACAAGUAAGAUAAAUGAGGGAGAGUCUUGAGAAAAGGGCGCAAGAAGCCUAUAAUGUACAAAUAAGAUAUAAUAAAGAAAAGGAAUUGAAAAUUAGGUAGUCACUCAAUUUCAUUUGA